GGUGCCUGGAGUAUUAUGCCUGCUUAUUUGAUUGAAUUAUCACCACCAAAUUUUCGUGCAACAUUUUCGGGAUUGCCAUAUCAAUUAAGUUGCUUGAUUGCCAGCUCAUCAGCUCAAAUUUAUGCAAAACUAGGCGAAGCUUUUACUAUUAAUGAAAAUCCUAAUUAUGGGUUGGCUAUUGCAAUUUUUUCCGUAUGCAAUAUUGUUGGUGUAAUCAUAUUUCUCUUUGGUGGAGAAGGUAGAGAUUUAGAUCUGAUGAAACAUGUAAAUGACA